GGCAAAACAGAGUGUUAUCAAAAGGUGGAAUAGUUGGAUAAGGAGGGCAAGGGCGGUGCUUGGGUCACACUUCUCCUACCUCUCUCUGUUUCCUCCAUACCCUAGACUGCGUCUCUUCAGAACAUCUUUCAAUGGCAUCCCAAAUCAUCCGUGAGUGGUCUGGAAUUAAUACUUUCGCUCCGGCAACGCAGACUAAGUUGCUUGAACUUCUGGGAAAGCUAAAACAAGAGAAUGUGAACUCCUUGACUAUACUUGUGAUGGGAAAUGGUGGUGUUGGAAAAUCAUCAACUGUGAACUCCAUUAUUGGGGAAAGAGUAGUUUCGAUUAGUCCUUUUCAGUCGGAAGGGCCGAGACCUGUGAUGGUAUCGCGAUCAAGGGCAGGUUUUACUUUGAACAUUAUUGACACUCCUGGUCUCAUUGAAGGGGGAUACAUCAACGAUAUGGCACUUGAUAUAAUUAAACGCUUCCUUCUGAACAAGACUAUAGACAUUCUGCUUUAUGUGGAUCGCUUGGAUGUGUAUAGAGUGGACAACUUGGAUAAGUUAGUUGCCAAAGCUAUAACAGACAGUUUUGGCAAAGGAAUAUGGAACAAGGCUAUAAUAGCACUUACACAUGCUCAGUUCUCUCCACCUGAUGGAUUGCCUUACGAUGAAUUCUUCUCAAAAAGAUCUGAGGCUCUGUUGAAGGUUGUUAGAUCAGGUGCCCGGAUAAAGAAAGAAGCCUUUCAGGCUGCUUCUAUUCCUGUUGUUUUGGUCGAGAACAGUGGGAGAUGCCACAAAAAUGAUGUUGAUGAAAAGGUUCUUCCAAAUGGGACUGCUUGGAUUCCUCAUCUAGUCCAAACAAUAACAGAAAUCGCAUUGAACAAAAAUGAGUCAGUUCUUGUUGACAAGAAUUUGAUUGAAGGGCCAAAUCCAAAUCAGAGAGGAAAAUUAUGGAUUCCUCUUGUAUUUGCUCUCCAAUAUUUCUUUAUCAUCAAGCCAAUAGAAGGACUGAUCCAGAGGGACAUUGAUAGCGAGAGAAAGCCGGCAUGGGAGAGACGUGAAGCAGCUUUUCGGAAGAGAGACCUUUAUUAGCUGUGCACCUUUGCGCUCAUGAAAUUCCGUUGAUGUUUAGCUUCCUUUGCUGACACAUUUGUCCUUUGUCUAUCCGUUUUCUUGGUGAACUUGGAUGGUUUCCUUAUACUGCAAUUGCUAGUAGUCUGCGGCAUAGGAAUUUAUUUGUGACUGAGAGGAUUGCCUGUAUGCUAUUGCUGGGAAGCUGUUUACUUUUGCAUGAUUCAGUUUGUUUGUAGUUAAGUUCUUAUAAACUUGACGCUAGAUGUGCCUACCAUCGUUGAUAGCUUGAUACCCUAUAAAACUAGUCCUAGUAUCGAUUAUUAUUGAUAUGAAAUAUUGAAAACUAUUGCAGAGCGCAUCAGGGAUUACUUGAUAUUGGGGCUGGUCCUUUUUCUGGCUCUUGU